AAAGGUUUGCCUCUUUAAUUAGACCUCUAAAAACAGAGCAUUCCCUUCUUGCUCUCUCUCUCAUUCCCGCCGCCAGCAAUCUCUCAGUCUGGUUAUGGAGAAAAUAGAAGUGUCUAUUAGCGAUGGAUUUGACAACAGCAACACAGGAACAGAGGAUCAGAUGCAGUUACCUCCAGGAUUCCGUUUCCACCCCACAGAUGAGGAGCUCAUCACGCACUACCUCUCUAAUAAGUUCUUAGACGCUCGAUUCAGAUCCCUUGCGAUCGGAGAAGCCGACCUCAACAAGUGCGAGCCAUGGGAUCUUCCCAAACAAGCGAAGCUGGGAGACAAAGAAUGGUAUUUCUUCUGCGUGAAGGAUCGGAAAUACCCCACUGGCCUUAGAACGAAUAGAGCUACUGAAGCUGGUUAUUGGAAGGCUACGGGAAAGGAUAAGGAGAUCUAUAGGGGGAAGUUGCUGGUUGGAAUGAAGAAGACGCUCGUGUUCUACACAGGAAGAGCGCCGAGAGGAGAGAAGACCAGUUGGGUCAUGCAUGAGUACAGAUUGGAGGGAAAGUAUGCCAUCAAUGGUCUAUACAGAGCUGCUAAGAACGAGUGGGUGAUCUGCAGAGUUUUCAAAAAAAGCUCACUUGGGAAUCCUUUCGGGAUGGGAAAAAUGGCUUCUUCCUCCUACGGAGAAGAGGUGGAAGAUUCUCCUCCUCCUCCGAAAACUCUUCCGCCAUUAAUGGACAUCCCAAGUCACGUGCCCUGCUUCUCCAACGGUAUGGAGGGCCAAAAAGCCCAUGAACAAGACAUGUCCUCUAUCUUCUCCAAGUUCAUUCCCAUGUCCACCGCUCUCUAUGACGGUAGCUUUAUGAGCUUAUUUGAAAGCCAUGGUUUCGAAGAGAAGCAAGGAUGCAAGAAGAACAGGGAGAUGCUGAGCUUCUCAGAACAGACUGAGCUUAUCGCCGAAAUGAACACAGAAAUUUACUGUGAUAACGAAAUUGGAAGGAGUUCUUUUGAGCACUGUCUUUGGAAUUGCUAAAUAAUUCGUAUUUGAAGUUCUUGCAUGAAUUGAUAGUAUGUGUAUUAGACUUAUUUCCUUCGGUUUGAUAAGAUUGUGAUUGUUGUGUUUGGAAUUGUUUCUGUUUUGAAAAUUUUGAGCAUUUGCAGUAAUAAAUAAGUGUUCCAAGUUUGUUAUA